CAGUUUGUAGAUCGCUGCCAUCCGAGUUGGAUGCAGACGGAGGGCGCACAGCCAAACCCCGGCGAUCCAAACAACUGUGAACAUCAAUUAUUAUCGAAGAGCGAAACGUCAGUGCUCCCGGGGAAGAAAGGUCCCCACAGGAAUAACUGAUCAACCGGCGUGCCGAAAGCUCGACGUGGAUCACUUCACAAGGGACGACGUUUUUUUGUUUUCGUUGCUGACAGUGUGAGCAGCAGUCGUGUCUUCGUCGUGUGGAAGCUGCAGCGGAUUCUGCAGCUGUGCUCGCUGACUUCUGGUUCUCGAGGAACGAUAAGCCAACGACAAGAUGUGCAGUUGGCUGUUCUGUUUACUAGUGGCGCUGACUUUUUCGACCAUCGACAGUUCUGCAGAAGUCGUUCGAACAUGCGAACCGAUCGAGUUCGAAUUCUGCAAAGGCAUUGGUUACAAUUACAGCGGCAUGCCGAAUUUCUUCAAUCACGAAACUCAAGAAGACGCUCGUCAGAACUACCUGACGUUCGUGCCGCUCAUCAAGUACAGCUGCAGCAGUCAACUGGUAUUCUUUCUAUGCUCGGUCUACGUGCCGAUGUGUACGGAUAAGGUCCCAUUCCCUAUCGGACCCUGCAGACCUCUAUGCGAAUCGGUGCGGUCGUCUUGCGAACCGACGCUGAACUCUUUCGGAUUCAGCUGGCCCGAACAGAUGAACUGUACGAACUUCCCAAAGGAAAACAGCGAUACCGAGAUGUGCAUGAAAGGCCCUUCGGUCGAGAGCGCCGAAGCCGCGGCCACUCCCGCACCGCCACGGAAAGGACCGAAGCGUCCUAGUUCCCGGAAACCCAUCCACGCGAAGCAGAGCACCAACCAGUGCCUCCAGUAUCGGUACGGGGACCGUCAUUACGUGUUCAUAAACUCCUCGCAGCGCUGUGGUCAGGUGUGCGAUCGAGACGUCCUGUUCUCGAGUGAGAACAAGCGUUUCGCAGAGAUCUGGAUCGCAGUAUGGAGCGUAGCGGCCUUCAUGACGUCGGCCUUCACCGUUCUCCUGUACGUGAUGGACGCUAGUCGGUACGACAACCCCGACCGAGCCAUCGUCUAUCUCUGUGCCUGCUACUGCCUACAGUCCAUCGGUUACUUCAUUCGUUUGCUUCUGGGUCGCGAGACGGCUUCGUGCCAUUCCGAGGGCCAGGCUUCGGUGCUCGUUCACCAAGAUCUCUCGAACAGCUACUGUACGGCAGUGUUUGUGUUCAUCUACUAUUUCACAAAUGCGGCGGCCAUGUGGUGGGUGGUCGUCACGAUCACCUGGUUCAUGAGCCGACCGUCGCAAUACACGGCCGAGCAAGUGCGGCGGAGAAUGCUCGCGCUGCACGUGGCCGCCUGGCUCCUUCCGGCGUUGAUGACCGCAGCCAUUUUGAUUAUGCGAGCGGUCGACGCCGAAGAACUGACCGGAGUCUGCUACGUUGGAAACCAGAACCGGGACACUCUUCUCGCGUUCGUCAUCCUGCCGCAUAUCGCGUGCCUCUGUCUGGGCGCCGCGUUCUUGGUCUCCGGUGCCCUGAAGAACUAUCGCCAUCGCAAUAGGAAACCCUACAAGGAAAUGCCCGAGGACUCUGGCUCGCGGACCUGGAUCUUCGCAAUACUCUACUUCAUCCCGGCUUGCGGUGUUCUCGGCGUCAACAUCUACGAGUACCUCAACCGAGACUCGUGGACGCUGAACCAGAGUGUCCGGUCGGCGGGUCCCUACGUCGAAUGUUUCAGUUUCAAGUUUUUCAUGAGUGUAAUAGUCGGUAUCAGCGCAGGCUUGUGGACCUGGUGCUCGAAAGGCUCCCGAUUGCCCGACCCCGCGAUUCAGAAGCCGGGCGCCGCACCUCCUCUACUCGUCUCGACCCCGUUCCAGCAUCAGCCCAUCAUGGUGCAGAACCAGUACUUCGUUCCUCAGCGAAUGGUGCAUCAGAUGCAACAACAACAACAGCAGCAGCAUCAUCACACUCUGCAAUCGCUGCACCAUUCACACCAUCCCCAGCAUCACAUGCAGACGCUCCAGCAUCAUCACUCGCCGCCGGCGACGAUCUUAUAACGCUGAGGUGAAUACGGAGGACCACGAGUGGAUGUCCAUGUGUUCAUGUUGCCAUACAACAUCUCCCUCGACUCAUGUUCACCGCACUGAGCGAGAUGACCGUGUAGUUCUAUCAUUCGGUACAUUUAUGACAGACCAUUUCCCUCAUGAGGAUGCCAUAUGUGUUCAUAUUAAGGAGUUUCAGAAGAGGCCUAGUGUAUAUAUCUGUAAAAAAGAUGCGUAGGUACUUUAUUUAUUAAACUUUGCAACAUUGUUCAUUCGUGCGCAGCAUCGAUCAUUAUGCGUUAUAAUAGAAAAAAAAAUGCAGAGAACUCUUGUGAGUGAAUAAAGCGAAGCAUUGUACAAAA